AUGUCUACAGCAAUUCCAGGAGGACAGAGAACGUUAGCUAAAAGAAGAGCAGCAAACUUGGAUAAGAAACAGGAUGAACCAACCUCCGCCAGAUCUGCCGGUGCUGGAGGUUCUUCGUCUACCAUGCUAAAGUUGUACACAGACGAGGCCCAAGGUUUGAAAGUUGAUCCUUUAAUUGUUCUUGUUCUUGCUGUUGGUUUCAUUUUCAGUGUCAUUGGUUUGCACGUUGUUGCUAAGCUGACAGGAAAGUUGAUCAACUAA